UCGAAUAACAAAUAUAUAUUUAAUUUGCCGCCGAAACCAUCGGCUUCACUUCUGAAGAAGUUCGUGGACCCUGUCCAGCCCGCGGCGGUCAUCAUGCCAGCGGACUCGGUGGUCAGUAGUUCCCGCCGUAGUUCGUCCGUCUCGCACGGCGGGAGCUCGGUGCGGUCGGACGCUACCUGGCUGACUCAAAAAGGAACUCACAAUAUGGGAAAAGGACAGAUGCUUUUUACAGGUCCAGGGGGCGUGAGGGACUACAAGGCACAUGUCGUCCCAGACUACCACAUGGUCGGCAUCGGAACCAUGUCCAGAGAGGGUACCAGCGACUUGAAGUACAUCUGGAGGGGGGCGUCUGGUUCCCCCCACCCCGUCUCUAGGGGGAAGUGGGCGGGGGAGGUGGGCUGGCUUAUUCCACCCUUCGUGGACUGGAAGAAUAUCACCAGCGGCAAGCAGAUUAAGAUGGAAACAUUCAGGCAGGCACAAGAAGACAAGUACACCCACAGAUUCCAAGAACCCUGGUACCCAGCACCCAACCACCCAGACUAUCCCAAGAUGUUCCCCCAUACCAACUAUUACCGGACCCAUACUGCUAACCCCUACAUCCCUCACCAGCAUCACGGUGCGCAUGUGCGGCGCCCUCACACUGUAGCAUCCUACCAACCUGAACAUCAUGGAAGUUUCCCCAGCAUAUCUGAUGGUAGUAGUCGACCCACAAGUGCCCACAAUUCUGUCGCAUCGGGAAGCAACCAUUCAGUAGUCAGAGGUCAUAGUAAACCUACUAGCCUGAGCAACUCCGGUUACGAAAGCCAGUCCAGUACCCACAGCCUACGCAGCGGUAACUCAUCUAUUGACCGGCAGUCAGGAUCGCAUCAAUCCCAUCAUGCAUCUGGCAGGACAGGGAGUGCAGGUUCAAGGAACUCUCAUUCAAGUUUGAAGAGAUUCGGUGUGGCACCGUCCGCCACGCAGACUACCGACUACAGCAAUGCAUCUUACAGAUCUUCACCUGGCAAACCAGACUACUGAAGAACAGCUGUUGCAGGAACGCAAAAAAGUAUGUUUUGUAAAGUGAAUGAAUAUUUUUUUUGUAAAACAAUGAAAGUAUUCAAAUCAACAGUAAAUUUAUUAAAUUUUCACUGACAGUCAUCUUUAAUGAAACUGAUGACCUUUUUGGUACUAAAUUUCUAUCUGAAUUUCAUAGAUAACUCACUGAAACGCACUUAACAAUUAAAAUUUCAACUUCAUUGACCCAGAACAAUUUUAUAGUGCAUGCUAAAAAAGGCUAAACUACAUGUUUUUUGUUCACACAAUUCCUAAAAAGGAUGCCAUUGUGAACUCUUUGCUGGGUUUUCAAGUUUUGAGUGGUAAUCAGGGAUGAGAUUGUCAGUUAAAAAAAGUCUAAAAACUGGUGAAAUGUCUUAAAGAUGUAAAUCUCUCCAUACUAAUAAUGUCUUUCUCUCAGAUUCAAAAAGUCUUAUAUCAGACAAGUCUGACAAAUCUCAUGCCUGGUAGUUAUGUAUGCAAGGGCGGAUUCAGAACCCCAUUUUUUUUGGGGGGGGGGGCCAAAAAAACAUUUGGU